AUGCCUCGCUCUAGCCUUGAUACUGCAGGAAAAGCAAGAGCAGCGGCAUCAGCAUCUGCCUGCCAAGAAGAUUCAGCAGCUGGAGUGCCGCCAGGAACAGCAGAAGCAAAAGAAGCCAAGAAUGCCGAUGCGGAGGACUUACCUGAUCUCGUGCAGCCAUCCGCAGAGGCAGUGGCAGCAGCAGCAGCACGGGCCGCUGCUGCUGUUGCAGCAGGGGUGACGCUGCAGCUCACACCUGCAGAGGAGGACUUAUUUUCUCUUCUCAACCAGUGCAUUGAAGAACAACAAUUAAAUAUCGAGCUGAGAGCAGCAGGAGGUUGGGUUCGCGACAAGUUGUUGGGUUUUCCUUCAACUGAUAUAGACAUUGCCAUUGACACCACCUCGGGAGCUCGUUUUGCUGCAAUCCUCAACCAGUGGCUCGUUUCUAAGGGCGAGCCCCCACGUAGUUUUGGCAUCAUUUCGAAAAACGUGGCUCAGAGCAAGCACCUGGAAACGGCGACUUUGCGUCUCCGCUCUUUCGCUCUAGACCUUGUCAAUCUGCGCAGCGAAAGUUACUGCAACAGCAGCAGAAUCCCCAGCGACACUGAGCUCGGGACUCCCCUCCAGGAUGCGGAGAGGAGAGAUUUUUGCUGCAACUCGCUAUUCUACAAUCUCAAGACACGGCGUGUAGAGGACUGGCUCGGGUCGGGCCUCAGGGACAUCCAGUUACGCAUUCUUAGGGCCUCUAGCCCUGUACCAAGAGAGACCCUUGCAGAAGACCCUUUGAGGCUGCUACGCGGGAUCCGGUUCGCUGCAACUCUCAGAUUUAGUUUACAGAAGGACCUUGCGGUUGCUGCGGCAGACCCGCCAAUCCGCGAGUCGCUCAAGGCAAAGGUCGCCAAGGAAAGGGUUGGCAUUGAGCUUAGGAAGAUUUUCUCUCUUGUGACAAAACGAAGCGAACAGAAGCUGGAAUCAGCAGCAGAAACAGAAGCCGCAUCGACCGUAGCAGCAGAAAUAAACGGACACCAAGGAAGCGCUGCACUGGAGGCGCUGCUAGAAGGCCCGCUCAAUGGCGCCGUGAGAGGUGUACUCCUCAUGCAGCAACUACAGGUUUGGGAGACAGUGACGUGCCUUCCUGAGGGCCACGAGAUAUAUAGACAGGAAAAGAGUCCCGCAGCCAUGGAAAGCAAUAAAGCUCGGGGAUCUUUGAAGGCUUUGGUUGAGCAUCUCAAGGCAUCACAGGAGCCCGUGGACCCUGGAAAGGAGACGUUCAUGAAUGGCCCUCUCGGGGCUUCCUGUCUUAUUGCUCUGCGGCACAUCCUUGCACGGCGUGUCUUGCUUGAGCAACUUCAGCAUAAGGACUCUGGAGCAGCAUCGGCAGAAAUGACAAACCUGUAUGAGUCCCUUUCGAAGGGCUUAGAGCUCAAAGAAGGAGGAGACAAUCUCCGCCAACUGCUGUUUGCUGCUGUGCUGCAUCCGGUCAGGGACUUUGUGGCUGUUUCUCCCAAGGUGCCUCGCGUGCGACCCCUAGCAGGGGAUGUCGUUUCCUCCGCCUGGAAGUUACCUAAUGCAGAUGCUGCAGCAACAGAAGGCCUCAUCGUCCACUCAGCCCUACUUCGCGUGGCAGCUGAUGAAGAGGCAACCAUGCGCCAGAAAGAACGCCAGCAACAUGAGCAGCAGGAACCACAGCAGCAACAGAGAGUACGGUUGGGCCUUCUAGUGCGUCAAGUUGGAGCCACUUGGCGCGAGGCCAUUGCACUUGCUGCAGCAGAGGCACUGGGCUCUCUCAUUUGCAAAGACACAGCAGCAGCGAUUUCCGCUUCUGGCGCAGCAGUGACGGGAGGAGAGACGUGCACAAGCUCAUAUGCAGAAGUGGCAACAGGAAAAGAGACAGAAGCACAUCACGAGCGACACAGGAAGCGAGCAUGCGGAGUGGAGAGCUCCCACGAGCACAAAAAGUUGUGUGGGCAGGAGGGCCACGCAGGGCAUCUUUGCUCAGAAGCAGCAGCAGCGCAGUCAACACGUGAAGACACGGCUCCUGAGGUUUGCUUGGCAACCCUUGACUGCCUGCUAGUGGCGAGAGAGGAGGCAGCAAAAGAAACGUUGCGCCGCCUGGUUCACCUGAAACAGACUGUUGAGGCGCUGGGCCUGCAAGAUGCGUGGCAGCUACAGCCGCUGUGCAAUGGAAAGCAGGUAGCCCAUGCUCUUCCUGGCGCAUCAGGGCGCGAGCUGGGGGCUGUCAUGGAUGAGCAACGCCUUUGGCAGCUGGCCAACCCCGGCAAGUCUGCAGAGCAGUGUUUGGAAUACCUGCAGGAAAAAUUCCCGCAGUUCCGAGAGGUGCAGAACAAGACUGUGGUCGCGUAG